AGCUCCCGGCUCAAGCGCCGGGAGUUUCUUCCCGCGCUGAGCCGCUGAGCGCGAGCCUCGCGAGCCGAAGAGUGUCAGAGCGCACGUCGCCUGUGGCGAUCUUUGCGCUUCGGCCAUUGCUCGAAGUGGCAACUGCAGCUCCAAGCGUCGGCGUCGGCUCCGUGUGAAGGCCCGCCGGCCAUGGACCUGGAGGUCCCGGAGAGCGAGCCUGAGGACGCGGAGCAUGGCGAGGAGCCCAAGCCCGAGGAGGUUGAGGUGCCUGACAUCUACUCCUUCAGGCCGGGCGACUCGGUCAUGAGCAUCCGGCGGCGCAUGCGUGAGGCCCGGAAGGCGCGGUUGGGACCAGCGGAGCCGGACACCCUCGCCCAUGUCGCGGAACCGGCAGCCCAGGAUGACAUCUACAGCUUCGCUGCCCAGGGGCAAGAUGGGCAAGGCGGUCAGCGAUGCGCCUGAGGAACGGAGGGCAGAUCAGCCAGGUCGACCGAGGAUAAAGGUGGCGAGGUUUCACAAGGACCUCAUCCGCAAGCAGGUCUGGCGGCAGAAGUUUGACUACCUGUUCGAAAAGAUGCAGGCCGGUGUAGAGGCGGAGCUCGUGCAGGACCGAAAGGCUCGCAGGUCCUCGGUGCAGCGGAGCAGCGAGGAGGCCGCGGCCGCGGAGGCGAAGCGAGCGUCAUUGCUUACAGGGCUCGAGGAGACGGUGCCCCAAGAUUUGGCAAGCCUCCGGCGCCGGUCCUCCGCAGGUGCUGGCCUGCAGACCCUGGAGCUGGCACGCCUGGCGAGCCACGCGCUGAGACGCAUGGAGACAGGGCCCACCGACACGGAGGUGGGAACAGAGGAUGAGGAGGAAGAGGAAGAUGAGGAGAGCCUCUGGCCUUGUAUGACGACUGCGUGGAGCCGACGCCGGAGCCGCUGCCCGCGCCCCCGGCGCCAGCGUGGCGCAGGACGGGGCUGACCCGGCGCAAGCCCACCGUGGCACGGAGCCUGCCGCAGAGCCUGCCAAAGGCGCCAGGCCAAGCCGCAGGCCCUCCGCGGAAGACCAGAGGUAUUGCAGGCUUGCUGCGCCCCAGCGCCUCGCUGCCCUCGCUGCUGCCGGAGCUGACGGGCGUCAGGGAUGACUACUACGAGGGUGACGACCUUUUCAUGCACGAGGAUAUCCUCCAUGCGUCCAACCCCCAACUCUUCCCCCUGCGAGGAGGGCACGGCAAGGCGUUCCCCAUGCGGAAGCUGGUGCCGUUCCACCUCUAGGACAGAGAGGCGCGGUUUGACUCACACCACCCGUAGCUCGACGCCCGCAAGCCCGCAAGCUGGCGGGUACUCUGCAAUCGAGCGGAAGGAAUCCAUGGUGUCCCUUGCA